CCGAACGCCAUGAGCCUGGGUCCCCGCCGCGCCCGCUCCGCUCCGACCGCCGCCGCCUCCGAGGCCCCCGUUGAUGCCGCAGAGCUCCCCCAACGCCGCCGCCACCGCCUCCGAUAUGGACAAGAACAGCGGCUCCAGCAGCUCCUCCGCCUCUUCGGGCAGCAGCAAAGGGCAACAGCCGCCCCGCUCCGCCUCGGCGGGGCCAGUCGGCGAGUCUAAACCCAAGAGCGAUGGAAAGAACUCAAACGGAUCCAAGCGUUAUAAUCGCAAACGUGAACCUUCCUACCCCAAAAAUGAAACUUUUAGCAGCCAGUCCCGUCGCUCCAAUUCACAGAAAAGCAAAACUUUUAACAAGAUGCCUCCUCAAAGGGGCGGCGGCAGCAGCAAACUCUUUAGCUCUUCUUUUAAUGGUGGAAGACGAGAUGAGGUAGCAGAGGCUCAACGGGCAGAGUUUAGCCCUGCCCAGUUCUCUGGUCCUAAGAAGAUCAACCUGAACCACUUGUUGAAUUUCACUUUUGAACCCCGUGGCCAGGCGGGUCACUUUGAAGGCAGUGGACAUGGCAGCUGGGGAAAAAGGAACAAGUGGGGGCAUAAGCCUUUUAACAAGGAACUCUUUUUACAGGCCAACUGCCAGUUUGUGGUGUCUGAAGACCAAGACUACACAGCUCAUUUUGCUGAUCCUGAUACCUUAGUUAACUGGGACUUUGUGGAACAAGUGCGCAUUUGCAGCCAUGAAGUGCCAUCUUGUCCAAUAUGCCUAUAUCCACCUACUGCAGCCAAGAUCACACGUUGCGGACACAUCUUCUGCUGGGCAUGCAUCUUGCACUAUCUUUCACUGAGUGAGAAGACCUGGAGUAAAUGUCCCAUCUGUUACAGUUCUGUGCAUAAGAAGGAUCUCAAGAGUGUUGUUGCCACAGAGUCACGUCAGUAUGUUGUUGGUGAUACCAUUACGAUGCAGCUGAUGAAGAGGGAGAAAGGGGUGUUGGUGGCCUUGCCCAAAUCCAAAUGGAUGAAUGUAGACCAUCCUAUUCGUCUAGGAGAUGAACAGCACAGCCAGUACUCCAAGUUGCUGCUGGCCUCUAAGGAGCAGGUGCUGCACCGGGUAGUUCAGGAGGAGAAAGUAGCCCUCGAGCAGCAGCUGGCAGAGGAGAAGCACACUCCCGAGUCCUGCUUUAUUGAGGCAGCUAUCCAGGAGCUCAAGACUCGGGAAGAGGCUCUGUCAGGAUUUGCUGAAAGCAAAGGGGAGGUGACUGGUGUCGUGUCUGCUUUGGAACAACUGGUGCUGAUGGCUCCCUUGGCAAAGGAGUCUGUUUUUCAACCCAGGAAGGAUGUGCUAGAGUAUCUAUCUGCUUUUGAUGAAGAAACCACCGAAGUUUGCUCUCUGGGCUCUCCUUCUCGUCCUCUUGCUCUCCCUCUGGUAAAGGAAGAGGAAGCGGUGUCUGAACUGGAACCUGAGUUGUCAGAGGCCUGUGAUGACUCAGAGUUAGCAGAUGACAAUCUUGGAGAGGGGACCAUUUGUACUGAUUCCAGCCAGCAGGAACUCAUCACCAAGCCAGGCUUCACACACCUGAACAGCUCUCCUUGUUACUACUUUUACCAAGCGGAGGACGGGCAGUACAUGUUCCUGCACCCUGUGAACGUGCGCUGCCUGGUGCGGGAGUACGGCAGCCUGGAGCAGAGCCCUGAGAAGAUCUCGGCAACAGUGGUGGAGAUCGCUGGGUACUCCAUGUCUGAGGACGUUCGACAGCGUCACAGAUAUCUCUCUCACUUGCCGCUCACCUGUGAGUUCAGCAUCUGUGAACUGGCCCUGCAGCCUCCUGUUGUCUCUAAGGAAACCCUAGAGAUAUUCUCAGAUGACAUUGAGAAGAGAAAGCGUCAGCGCCAGAAGAAGGCUCGGGAGGAACGCCGCCGAGAGCGCAGAAUUGAGAUGGAGGAGAACAAGAGACAGGGCAAGUAUCCUGAAGUCCACAUUCCCCUAGAGAAUCUACAGCAGUUUCCUGCCUUCAAUUCCUAUGCCUGCUCCUCCAAUUCUGCUUUGGGUCCCACCAGCACUGAGGGCCAUGGGGCCCUCUCCGUUUCUUCUCUUAGCAGAAGCCCGGGGUCCCAAGCAGACUUUCUGCUGACCCCUCUGUCACCCACUGCCAGUCAGGGCAGUCCUUCAUUCUGCAUUGGGAGUCUGGAAGAAGACUCACCCUUCCCUUCCUUUGCCCAGAUGCUAAGGGUUGGAAAAGCAAAAGCAGAUGUGUGGCCCAAAACUGCUCCAAAGAAAGAUGAAAACAGCUUAGUUCCUCCUGCACCUGUGGACAGUGAUGGGGAGAGUGAUAACUCGGACCGUGUUCCUGUGCCCAGCUUCCAGAAUUCCUUCAGCCAAGCUAUUGAAGCAGCCUUCAUGAAGCUGGACACGCCGGCUACUUCAGAUCCCCUCUCUGAAGAGAAAGGAGGAAAGAAAAGAAAAAAACAGAAACAGAAGCUACUGUUCAGCACCUCAGUCGUCCACACCAAGUGACACUACUGGCCCAGGCUACCUUCUCUGUUUCGUUUUCUUUUUUCCGUGCUUUUGUUUUGCUGCUGUGAUUUUUAAGUAUUUGAGUUUGGACAGAUUAGCUCUGGGGGGAGGGGGUUUCCACAGUGUGAGGGGGAACCAAGAAAAUUUUAAAUACAGUGUAUUUUCCAGCUUCCUGUCUUUACACCAAAAUAAAGUAUUGACACUCAUAAGA